CCGGACGGUCGCAGGGAGGCGCAGCGCGCCGCGGGUGGACAGUAGAGACCAUCAAACCAGGGAGAGCAGGAAGUUUUACCGGGAGACUGUCGGUCGGAAAGAGCACGUCCCACCCGCCGUUUGUUUGUUAGUAUGACAGACAUUGAUGAUUACCAUGUGCAGCUCCGGGGGGACGCCCAUUUCCUGUGCUCAGAUCAGAGGAUGGACACUGAACUGGUUGACAGACUGGUGCUACAGCUGAACAGGAUCCACCCACAGAUACUCAGUGACAAGGAAGCCCACAGAUUCAGGAACCUCAGCGUACCCACCAAGGUGCGGUUAGCUGAGCUGUUGAAGCACCUGCAUUGGAAGGGUGAUGAGGCAUGUCAUGAAUUCUACAGGGGACUUCACAUCCACGCUGAGGACGUCUACUCCAGCCUGCCCACCAGAGUCACACAAAGAGAGGUGACAAAUCCAAAAUGGACAUACAAUGUGGCAAUCUACCCAGAGCAAUAUGUGCUCAAUAACAGAGGACCAAUGUUCUUCCUGAGCUGUUUCAGUUUUGUAGUUGGUAUUGCAAUGCUCUACUAUUACAGAGAGGGUGAGACGUUGAGAUGUACUGGUCCGUUCCUUCACUGCUCUGCAGCAAGACUUAGUAAAGGUGCUAAAGAUGUUUUAAUUUCCUGUGCUGAGGUUGGAAAGAAGAAAUGAGGAUGUUAAGGUGCUGAAACGCUUAAGAACGACCCCUGUGAAAAGAACAAGCCAUGCAAUUUGCCACUUUGCUGUGCCAAACUUGAAAUACACUUUGAGAGCUAUAAACUUUUUUUUUCUAAAAUUACACAGAGUUGUUGGCACUAAUUGACUCCUCUUAAAUCCCUGAGAAGUGACAUUGACACGACUCAUUCUGUCAUAAAGUCCCACUGUUAACUUUUCUUUAUAUGAAAAAGAUUUGUAAUGAGGGAUUUAUUGUGUGUGCAGAACAUCUAAUUCCAAUGACAUUUUCAGGUAAAAUGGAGCAUAAUACUAACUGAAUAACUGUGCUCACACUCACACACACACACACACACACACACACACACAAACUCACACACACAUACACACACAGGUGUUUUCAAUCACGCUGUCCCGAGAGGAGGCGACAUGAGUGUUACUUUAACAAUGUUCAAAUUUUGUACAAAUAAAGCACACCACAUUUUGACAUCA